AUGCAAUCACGCGUAAAGCUAACGCUAGUGGUCGUCGUCCUCUGGACUAAUUUGCUGCUGCUUCACUCCAGCACCGAAGCAUCAACCGACUCGGGUCUGCCCGAUUUCGAGCUAGACGAUGGUAAAGAUGAGACGGAUGAUGAGUACUACUACGUGAACGAUGGUAGCGAUCAGCAGAUGCAACCAUCGCACAAAAUCAUCAGCUAUGCCAAACCACCACCACCACCGGGUGACGGUACCAUUGUUCCUGUGCAGGGCGAUGCAGUCGAACCCUUCCUAAUGGAGGACGACGAUACCAGCUUCGAGGUGAUGGACGAUGUGGACUUUGUCGAGACGGGAUCGAUGGACUUCCAGCGGAAGGCGGAGCGUAUGAAACGGAUCAUGCUGAAGGCAUUCGCCAACCGGGAGUUCCAGCGAAAGUUUGGUGAAGUGUUGCCACUGCUGAAGGUGAUGUCGAAAACGCAAAAGUCUACCCUGGCGGCACUGAUUACGGCGCAGGUGAAUUCACGGGAAGGACACACCCUAUCGUUGGAACAGGUCAAAUCGAUGUUCGGUAACCGGCCGGAGCUGAUUCUACCGCUCGUCUACGACAUUGCGAACAUGAUCCGUACCGUGGCCAAAAAGGAGAGUCUACUGCACGAUCAGCAGCAGCACUGGGAGCGACUGGAAGAAGCCGAUAAAGCACUGGUCGAGGAUGAGGGCGUUCUGUCCAAUCAUUUGCUUCGGCGGAGCUUUAGCAUACGCUCGGAACCACAUGGGUUUCGCAUGAAGGAUGUACCGCCGGUUACUGCCGAUCUGAACGAUGGUCGACUGAUGGUGGACGAACAGGAGCCAGCCAACGUGCGCACCAUUUCAACAGACGCCAGCAACGAAGAAGCGGGACGAUCUGCCCGGGACGAGCCGCAACCUUUCUUCGAGAAGCUCGUACAAGCAUUGCCUCGCUUUAACGUGCAGCAGACGACACGCGGCAAACACUCGGACGAUCGAAUGACGUACCACGAGCGAAAGCUUAACAUGACCGCUUUCAACGCUACCGGCACCCAGCGCGAUCAGCUCGCGAUGGCUUCCGACGGGCCAAUACCGGUCACCUUGCCUAAAGUCUCUCCCAAACAGUCAGCCGGGUCGUCCUCCGGACCGGUAAAUGCGAUCGGUCCACUAUCACGCGAGCCAACCACUACCCACGGCCCGGAAGUCAUCAGCGCCGUCACCGAGCACAAGCUAACCCUGGAGGAGAUCGAAGAUCUUGCCUUCGCCGGACUCAAUGGAACGGAAGUGGAUGCGUACGGUGCGUCCGGUACGGCCACGCACGGUAACAGCACGUCCAGUGGUGGUCCGGUGGCAGAGAAACUCAUCGGUGGCCGUCAGCGACCACAGGGACUGCACACGCUACAGCCGAGCGAAAAGUGUGAAUACUUCUCGGGCGGUGUUUGUAUCCGGGUCGCCAACUAUCCCACCUCCGAGAUCAUGUACAGUAUUACGCGCCACCGGCAUGCCAUCGGUGCCCUGCUGGCCGAGUACAUUGACAAAGCGAACGCCCAGGACCGUACCGUGUACGAGCCGGAGGAAAUUGCGCAGGGCAUCAACACCAAGCUCAGAAAGCGAGAAGAUGACCCAUCGAAAGCGGGGGGUAGCAUGUGCCCCAGUAUCAUCCGGUACGCACGCCCACAGAAGGCACGAUCGGCAACCGGCGAGUGGAAGUAUAUCGUCAACACGGGCGAACACACGCAGACGCUUCGACUAGAAAAGUGCAGCACACCACAAGACUCAUGUACCUAUCUGACAGACAAUUUCCGGUCGCGUUGCGUGCAGAUCUACAAUUACCAUCGAUUGCUGAGCUGGGAUGCUGCCCGGGGCCUGCACGUGGACAUCUUUAAAGUGCCGACCUGCUGCUCCUGCCACAUCGAUGGGUAUCGGGAAACGUUUCCUCCGCUAACGAGCUACAACGACUUCAAGUCCAAGAUUCACGAAGAUCCGAGCGAAUCGGCAUCGACACUGAUCCGCAACACGCACCACUACUCGACGCUUCAGUUCGAUCAGGUCGAUGAGGACGAGUCGGACGAUAACAUUGCGUACCAGUUCUCGAACGGGUUCCAACGGGUGAAACCACCAAAAUACGAAAGUCCUCUGCAUCUUCCGGCUGUUCCACCACCUCCCCCACCACCGCCAGGACAGGGUAAAACAAGAUUCGAACGUCCACCGAAGCAUCCGGCCAUUUCGAAACCGAAGCACCCGCACUUUAUCGCACCUCCAACGCUCGACACGUAUCUGAGCCCUCCGCCGAACGAUCUUGCGUACGGAAUCCCGUUUAAGCGAGGUCCGCACUACACCACCGAAAACGCUUUAAAGCGAGCGGGAAACGUUGGAGCACCAAACAGGAGACCACUGCGCAAGGCGGCAAACGUGCAGCAGCAUGGCGAUCAAAGCAUUGCCGAAACGGAUUCCCGGCUCAAUCAGGUGGCUGUGUUGCCACCCACCAAGCUGGACCAACUGCCCCAAACACAGGCCCAAAACAUCAUCGAGAAGCAUCGCCGUCGGCAACAACAUACCACUCCACAGCCGCCCCUUACCACGCUGCAGCAACAGACGCCCGUCAUCUUCCGUAUAUCGCAACCGGCCGCAACGUCGGUUGGCAUUAACCCAACGGUUCCGCUGUCCACUAUGCCACAACCCCAACCGCCCAGCACGGCAAGUACCAGCACAACUACGGUCACGUCCACCAAUGGCCAUCAGCGUAUCAACUACAACUACCAUCCGAUCAUCGACUUCUUCGAGGAGGAGGAAGAAGUGCCGGACAUUACGCAGGAACAGAUUGACCGGAUCGGGCUAAACAGUCACACGUCGCUCAACAGCUGGAAGCCGGUAAUUACCGGUAGGCCACGGUUUCACUGACGAUCCCCAGUUCCACCCACCCUUCCACACACAUACACUCGCGCUUCGAAUGAACAAGAAACAAUACUCACUCGAUUUCACGCAAUCAACCCCCUUUAGAGAUGUAGCUAAUUUAUAACUAAAACCUACCGGCUAAGUGUUAAGU